AUGGAUCCUGACAAAUAUUUUGAAAAAGUACUUGCUGGACAAUCAUUUCAGUAUAGAUGUUUGCUGUGUAAAGGCAAAUCAAUGAAAGAUACCACUCAUCAUAAAACCCUAGCAAAUCACCGAGCCAGGGUUCUUGCAAAACAGAGACAGGAGCAACACGAUGCCAACCUAGCCGCUUAUAAUCCUCUUGGAUCAUUUCUUGAAUUAGGAGAAGGUCAUGAUAAUAAAUCACCAAUUACAUCAGACUUUGGUGAUGUUCAGGGAAACAUCAUCAUUGAAGAACACGAUGAAGAGUUUGCUCUUCCAAAUGGAGUCAGUUUUUCAGAAGCUCUGAUGAGACUUAUGACAAGCAGCACGAGCGAUUCAGAUGAUCAAUCAGAGCAAUCAGUUCAGAGUGAAUCACCAAUCGAUCUAGUGGACCUGGAUUUGGACCUUCUUCUGCGCAAUUGA